AUGGCUCACCUCGCACCCACUGGCAAGUGGGACGCCCGCUACCUCGGCCCCGUUCCCCACGACACCAGCUACUAUGCCAAGUGCAUGCUUGGUGGUGCCCUCGCGUGCGGCUUCACCCACGCCGGCAUUACUCCUCUGGAUGUAACAAAAUGUAACAUGCAGGUUAACCCCACCAAGUUCAAGGGUCUUGUACCCGGCCUGAAGACCCUUGUCGCCGAGGAGGGUAGCAAGGGUCUCUGGAAAGGUUUCGGCCCCACCUUCGUGGGCUACUCCCUCCAGGGCAUGUUCAAGUACGGUCUCUACGAGCUGUUCAAGGACCAGUACAUGAACCUCGCCGGUGAGGAGGCGUCCGCCAAGUACAAGGGUGCCAUUUGGCUCGCCGGUUCCGCGUCCGCGGAGUUCUUCGCCGACAUCGCGCUUUGCCCCCUGGAGAUGACCAAGGUCAAGAUCCAGACGAGCCCCGCUGGCACUUUCCCCGUCCCCAUGUUCGCUGCUCUCUCUGAGAUGAGCAAGCUCAAGGCGGAGACCCGGUACCCCUUCGGCUCCCUCGUUCCCCUGUGGUCGCGCCAGAUCCCCUACACGAUGGCGAAGUUCUUCUUCUUCGAGUACAUCGUCGGCCUCUUCUAUACGCACGUCUUCACCGCGCCCAAGGAGUCGUACGGCAAGGGUACCCAGCUCGGUGUCACCUUCGCCUCGGGUUACCUCGCCGGUGUCGUCUGCGCGCUCGUCUCGCACCCCGCCGACUCGCUCGUCUCGCUCAUGGGCAAGCCCGCGAACCGCGGCAAGGGCCUCGGGCAGAUCGCGUCGGAGACCGGCCUCGUUGCGCUCGCGACCAAGGGCCUUGGCACGCGUGUGCUCAUGAUCGGUACCCUCACUGGCUUCCAGUGGUGGAUCUACGACACCUUCAAGACCACGAUGGGCAUGGGCACGACCGGCGGCAAGUAA